UUGUUUCGAUCACGUGACGUGAGUUUACGAAGAUGGUGGAAGUUUAUUCUUCCUCGAAGUGGAGCACCGACUGAAACCUAAACAUCCCGCAGCACCGAGGGCUCGGAGUUCAUCGCGGCGUUUCCAGUUUUUUUUUUUUUUUACAACCGUCUCUCGGUUCCCGGCCUUCACCCCAGCCCUAUGUCAUGGCAAGUGGAGUCACCAAGACAGGCACUUCCAACGGUUACCCGAUGAAGGCACAGCUACAAAUCAUUGUGCUGUCGGCGAAACUCAAAGAGAACAGGAAGAACUGGUUCGGCCCCAGUCCCUAUGUGGAAGUGACGGUCGACGGCCAGUCCAAGAAGACAGAGAAGUGCAAACAACACCCACAGCCCCAAUGGAAGCAGCCGAUCACUGUGAUUGUGACUCCGUUCAGCAAACUCGUGUUUCGUGUGUGGAGCCACCAGACCCUGAAGUCCGACGUGUUGCUGGGCAUGGCCACGCUGGACGUCAGUGACACGCUCAAGUCCAACGACAUGAAAAUCUCCGAGGUGGUGCAGACCCUGCAGCUGUGUGCAGACCGAGACCAGUCGGAUGUGGUGGGGGACCUGUCCGUCUGCCUGGACGGCUUGACCGUCGACUCCGAGGCGUUCGCCACGGCCGAGGCUGACCACCACAAUACAUCAAAUGGGAAUUCCCAAACCAACGGGGAUCAUGCCGUAAGCCGGAGUCGAGACAGCUCCCCAGUGGUGGAUGGCGUGGAGCACAGGUCGUCUCCCAGUGGCCGGAGGUCAGUGAGCAGCUCGGGGUCUCCCUCGGUGUCAUCAAGGCCUCUCCGACCUCCCAGGCCCUCCAGACCUCCACCCCCAACCCCGCGCAGACCCGCCUCUUCUCCAGCGUCUUCCAGCAACGGCUCUGCACCAGCCGACGGCAGCGAUGGCCAGUCGGGCUCUGACACGCCGGUUCGAACACCGGCCUCAGAACACUCGGCAGCCCCAGAAUCGAGUCCAUCGGCAGGAUCCGACAGGAACUCUUUGCCGGCCUCCGGCUCUGCAGCCGCAGCAACCAGACAGCCGACCAGCAGCGCCCCCCCUGCUGUCACCCCUGCUGUCCCCCCUGCUGUCACCCCUGCUGUCCUCCCUGCCAUCACCCCUGCUGUCCUCCCUGCCAUCACCCCUGCCGGCACCCCUUCUGUCACCCCAGGGGUCCCCGCUGUCAACGCCGGGCCGUUGCCCCCCGGAUGGGAGCAGAGGGUGGAUCAAAACGGCCGGCUGUAUUUCGUCGACCAUGUGGAAAAGAGAACAUCGUGGGAGCGCCCUGAACCGCUGCCCCCUGGCUGGGAGCGCCGCGUGGACCAGAUGGGGCGUGUCUACUUUGUCGAUCACAUGACGCGAACCACAACGUGGCAGCGCCCCACGAUGGAGACGGUGCGUAACUACGAGCAGUGGCAGCACCAGCGCAGCCAGCUGCAGGGAGCCAUGCAGCAGUUCAACCAGAGGUUCAUAUUCGGGCAACAAGACCCGGUGUCAGCCACUCAGAAUAAGGAGUUUGAUCCCCUCGGGCCUCUGCCACAUGGAUGGGAGAAGAGGACUGACUCGACUGGUAGAGUUUAUUUUGUACAUCACCCUACGCGAGCAACACAGUGGGAGGACCCACGAACACAGGGUUUGCUUAAUGACAAGCCCCUCCCAGAGGGCUGGGAGAUGAGGUUCACCGUGGACGGUAUUCCCUACUUUGUAGACCACAACAGGAGAGCGACCACCUACAUCGACCCUCGCACUGGAAAAUCCUCACUUGAAAACGGACCUCAGAUCACCUACGUUCGAGACUUCAAAGCCAAAGUACAGUACUUCAGAUUCUGGUGCCAGCAACUGUCGAUGCCUCAACACAUCAAGAUCACGGUAACCAGAAAAACCCUGUUUGAGGACUCCUUCCAGCAGAUAAUGAGUUUCAAUGCUCAAGAUCUGCGUAGGAGGCUAUGGAUCAUCUUCCCGGGAGAAGAAGGCCUCGACUACGGAGGCGUUGCCAGGGAGUGGUUCUUCCUACUGUCUCAUGAGGUUUUGAACCCCAUGUACUGCCUGUUCGAAUAUGCCGGGAAAGAUAACUACUGUCUCCAGAUCAACCCUGCCUCCUACAUCAACCCUGACCACCUCAAAUAUUUCAAGUUCAUAGGACGCUUCAUUGCCAUGGCUCUUUUCCACAGCAAGUUCAUCGACACUGGUUUCUCACUGCCAUUUUACAAGCGCAUCCUGAACAAGCCAUUGGCCCUCAAAGACCUGGAGUCAAUAGACCCGGAGUUCUACAACUCCCUCAUGUGGAUCAAGGACAACAACAUCGAGGAGUGCGGGCUGGAGAUGUUCUUCUCUGUUGACAAAGAGAUCUUGGGGGAAAUCUCCACCCAUGAGCUGAAAACAGGAGGAGGAGACCUCCAGGUCACGGAGGAGAACAAGGAGGAGUACAUCAGGCUGGUAGCAGAGUGGAGGAUGUCCAGAGGAGUGGAAGAGCAGACGCAGGCUUUCUUUGAAGGCUUCAACGAAGUCCUCCCUCAGCAGUACCUGCAGUACUUUGAUGCUAAAGAGCUCGAGGUGAUGCUGUGUGGUAUGCAGGAGAUCGACCUUGCAGACUGGCAAAGAAGCACCAUCUACAGACAUUACGCUCGGAGCAGCAAACAGAUCAUCUGGUUCUGGCAGUUUAUAAAGGAGAUGGACAAUGAGAAGAGGAUGAGGCUGCUGCAGUUUGUCACCGGGACCUGUCGCCUGCCUGUCGGAGGCUUUGCCGACCUUAUGGGAAGCAACGGUCCCCAGAAGUUCUGUAUUGAGAAGGUGGGAAAAGAAAACUGGCUCCCCAGGAGUCACACGUGCUUCAACAGGCUGGACUUGCCGCCCUACAAGAGCUACGAGCAAAUGAAGGAGAAGCUGAUGUUUGCCAUCGAGGAGACGGAAGGCUUCGGACAGGAGUGAGAGCAACCGGGAGAGGCUGGCAUCGCGGCUGCAGGAGUGCGAUGGAAUAAAUACCACCAGUGUUCGACCGGAAGGGUCACGGGUUCUAACAUUAGUGACUUCCUGAUUUCUUCUUAUUGAGUUGCUCUGCAUUAAAGCAACUUGUAAAUGUCCAAACAGGGUUGAUUUUCACCCCAAAAAAAGCGAACUUUGUUGCUCUAAGAUUGUUUCAUCCAUUUUUCUUCUUUUCUUCUUUUGCUGGCAUCAUCCACAUCAUUGUCAGUGUCCAUCCCAUCCUCAAAUCUCUCUCACUUCGAUCUGCGUGUCUGCUCAUGGCUAAAGUGGAUCUUUUUGAACGGUAACAUGUGACAAUAGUAAAUGAUGUGAUUAGUUUACGGCGUGCCCACCCCUCCACCCCCAAAAUGAAUGCUUCAAUAACAGACCAUCUUGUUGCUGUAAAGAGAUUUGGGGCGACACGCCUGAUGCGGGAGAACCCCUUUUCUGUUCCCGGUUCUGGAGUAUUUGAUAUGCGAAUCACUCGGUAAUUUUCAAAGUAUUGGUGCCUCCAUUAUUUAUAGUGUUGGGAGCUGUGAAGGACUUCAACAGAACGUAAUCUGACCCUAGUUUUAUAGGGACAGUGUUUGUAAACUGUGACGGGGAAUGGGACCUCCUGGAUUGGAGUAAAGAUAUUCCUCUUUAUAUAUAAGCAUCAAACACACUUGUUAAAGACAGGAAAUUCAGUGUGGUUGAAGUAAGUAUUUUAAGAUGACUUGAGUGUAUUGAGUAUUUGACUUUAAAAAAAAAUUACAAAAAUAAACUUAAAAAAAUAUAGUGAACAGUGAAAAAACACCAAAUGCAAGUCAAACCAAAAACAAAUAAAACUGUUUGGGUAAUAUCUUUAAUGACAUUUUGAAUGCAGACAUUUUGCAAAACAAGUAGCUCCUCAUACAUAUGUAGCAUUUGAAGGAAGGUGAUAGUUUUAACCUCAUUUUUAAAUAAAUGAAGGAAAAAUAAAUGCGAAAUUUAGAAAUCAUUGGGGGGGGGGGGGGGUGAAGAGAUGCAGUGUUGUGUUUUAAAACUUUUUUUUUUUUUUUUUACACUUUAAAGGAACAGUGUGUAGGAUUUAGCAGCAUCUAGUGGUCAGGUAGCAGAUUGCAACCAACUGAAUACCCCACCCACUACGGUGGCCUUCGGGUACCGUUUGAAUCCGUUCUGGGUGACUAGAAACGAGUCCGGGAGGGGAACCGGUUCAGGGAUGCUGUAUUUAUUUUGGCAGGAAGUCAGCAGUGCCCUGGUUCGCUCAACAAAAGACGCCAGGCUAUUUCCUUUUGAUUUCGGGAAAUCAAAGAAGUCACUUCUGCAGGAAAUCGCUCUGUGGCACGUUUUGUUAUACAAGAUAGUCACAAAUAAAACAAACAUUGACUUCAAGACUCGGGAACCACAAGCAAAAGCUCUACGAAGAUGGGAAGGGUUCAUUCUAAGCUAACGAAAAACUAUUUGUAGUCAUAGUUGUGAAUUUUUCCAUAUCUACCAAUAUUUCCCCCUGAAUCCUACUCACUGGACUUUUUUUAUUUUUAUUUUUUAAAGAAAAUGUACCUUUUUUCAGUAUUUUCACUUCAUAACGGUCACAUUUAACAGACAAAGAUACUGCUUCAAAAUGAAUGUCUGGAACGCAGUGAAAUUAUGCACGUGGCUAUGUUUUCAAUUUGGAAGAUGUGUUCAAGACGUGCAUACUUUGAAUAUGAUUCGUCCUUAUGAAAACAGACGCACACACACAAACCCACAUGGUGGUGUGGUCGCUCGUUUUGAAGUAUCCUCUUUUCUUUCUUUUUUUUCUUUUUUUUUAAUUGGAUAAUUGCACACUGAAAAGACGGGUGUGGUUACUGAGGAACAUGCAGGAGUUGUAGACCUGACAAAGCACAGCACUUUAAAAACUACAAAUAUCCCUCCACCUCUUUCUUCAGCAUGUGGGGCCUCCAGUCCUGGUUGUUCGUGACUCUGAGCUCGUGUUCCACAUGCGUGGUGAGAUGUUUGUCAUUAGCCCUCAGGUUGCCUUAUUUCCUCCUCCAGGCAUCAGGUAUCCUUUUUCUUUUUUUUUCUUCUUUUUAAACCAACAUGACGCUCACACUAGAUUAUUGAUGUAUUGAUGUGGGCUUUCUGGUUCAAAUUGAUCCUGUGGACUCCGGUCCUGGUCGGUCCUUCUCGGCCCGGCUGUGGAGAAGUGAGACCACGAGGAGUUUGACGAGUUCUUUUGAAGAAGCUGCACCGGUGUGGAAAAGCUAAAACACUCGAGUUGAUGACACACGGCCUUUUCUUCCCGAAGGCUAAUUGUGGCUUCAGCCGGGAUAACAACUACUGAGACAAAAAUCAGUGUAAUAUAACGAAUGUAUCUUGAUUAAAAGGUGAUAGGUAAAGUUGCCUAUUUACAUUUUUUCAGAGUAUUGUUUAAAUCGUGUUCUGGGUCGAUCACACAUUUAAAUCCCAGGGAUGUAGAAGUUAAACAAAUGUGUGAAUAUCAUAAUUCACCGCUUUCUAUUUUUAAUUUUUAAUUUUUUUUCGGAAUCCUCCAUGUGCAACUAAACCACUCUCACUCUCCUGUAUAUGAAAACAACUUGUAAAUGGUGUCAAUAACAAAUUUGCUUUUGUAAAAGAAAGGUUUAAGAGGUUUAUGGUAACACUAUAUUUUCUUUUUCCUGUUUAAUUGCCGAUGUACAUGAAAGAUGUGUAAUAUAGAAAUUGUCACCUUAAUAAAUUAAAUAAAAAAUGUG